UUACCUCCCUUGGCAGUCCAUUACAGUUUGGAUGCAACAAUUUCACUGGCUUCAUUUCGUUGAAGUAUCAUCAUUAGGUUCAUUAUUGUUUAGGAAGUCUUAUUCCUUCUUUUAUAUAAUGUCAUUUUUAAGAUGACACACUCUGUUGUUAUUUCGUAGUUUAUGGUAGAGUGAUACAAAAUGGGUGCUGAAACUAGCAUUCUGGAAAACUGUGAGAUCGGAGCUAAGCUUCCUCUAAAAGCCGAUGUUGAUUGGGUUGUCCAGGAAGCUGUUCAGAAAAAUCCCAAUUUACCCCGUCUGGCUAUCUUCACUAAAAAAAAGAAGGACUGCAAAAGAGAAGUGGAUAUAAUUGCACUUAAUGCUAAACAACUGAAAGUACUGCGUCAUCCAGCAAUCGUCCGAUAUAUUUUGUCAGGUCACUCAGCUGAUGGCUCCUAUCUGGUCACUGAGUUUGUAAAACCUCUAGAAACAGUGACUAAAGACUUGUCUCCUGUGGAAAUAUGUUCAGGCUUUUAUAACAUUAUUGAUGCUUUGGUUUUCCUUCAUGAAACAGUUGAAAUCUCACAUAACAAUAUUUGCCAGUCUUCAAUUUUUGUGACAAAAGAUGGUACCUGGAAAUUGGGUGGAUUUGAACAUGCAUGCCAUUUUGAACAGCUGACACCCAAGUUUUUGGAAAAUUGUCGAGCUCUUCGUAGUCAAAGUGCAAUCUCACCUGAGGAAAAGGCUGAUAAUCUAUGUAUUAGUUCAAAAGCAAUGCAUGUAUUGGAUGCUUACUCUUUUGGGAAACUUGCUGAAGAAUUCUUUGACCAACUCAAAGAAUUAGGAGACCUUUUUAAAACAUUUGAAUUGCGAAUUCAAGAUGAGUAUCUCAGUCGAGACCCAAAACAAAGACCACCAUUAAAAUGUUUGUUGACUGAUCGCCUUUUUAAAUACGAAAACCAUUUUCUUGAAGUUAAACUUUUCCUCAAAAACAUCACAUUAAAAUCUAGCGAAGAGAAAACAGAUUUCUUCAGCCAAGUUGUUUCAAUGCUGCAGGAAUAUUCUGAAGAACUGGUUGGGAGUCAGUUGAUUCAUUUAUUGCUUUCUCGGUUUGUUGUCUUGAACAAAGAUGCUGAAGAGUUCUUGCUUCCAAGUCUUCUUAUUCCUCAACAAGCUCAGAAUAACGAUUCCAGUGAGAAGUCAAGCAGCACUCCUUGUUCAUUGUCAAUCUUCAGUAAACCCGUAUUUAAAAAGUACGUCAUUCCAGAAUUGGUAAACAUUUUCAAAGUCCGUGAAGUUCAUAUCCGUCUACUUCUUUUGAAAUAUUUCCGUUAUUAUGUUGAGUUAUUUGAAAAAGAAGAAAUUGAGGAAGUAAUUUUCCCACAGUUGCUUCUUGGACUUCGUGAUGUAAAUGACAAACUAGUGUCUGCCAGUUUACAUGCUGUGGCAGACCUUGUUCCAAUAUUGGGAGGGGAUACUGUUAUUGGAGGACCACAGAAGCAAUAUUUCAAAGAAGGUAAACCCAAGGUAUGUUACAUUGUCCAGUUUCUAAGCAUAGCAUUUAUUGAUUCCUCUGUUUAUUCAGUUACUUUUUACACAUAUAAAUCAGUAUGUAAAUAUGUUAUCUGA